CCUUCUGUUCAGCCUGAUGCACGGAUGCCCGAUGACCCAGUCCCAAUGACUCGGUGCCCGCUGUCGUGCCAGAUGACUCGGUGCCCGUUGUCGUGCCAGAUGACUCGGUGCCCGCUGUUGUGCCAGAUGACUCGUUGCCCGCUGUUCUGCCAGAUGACUCGUUGCCCGCUGUUCUGCCAGAUGACUCGUUGCCCGCUGUUGAGCUUGGUGACCCGGUGCCCGCUGUUCUGCCGGAUGACUCGGUGCCCGCUGUUCUGCCAGAUGACUCGGUGCCCGCUGUUCUGCCAGAUGACUCGUUGCCCACUGUUCUGCCAGAUGACUCGUUGCCCGCUGUUGAGCUUGGUGACCCGGUGCCCCCUGUUCUGCCAGAUGACUCGUUGCCCGCUGUUCUGCUGGAUG